AUGAGCAGCGAACACGAUCCAUCACCACCUACUUUGUCUCGAUGUUCAAUCGGUCAAAAGGCAGCCAAAAGGAAGGAGAAAGAAAAGCUUAUGGAAAUGUUUCCUACUCCCAAUGUCAAAUAUGAUUCUUUGAAAGAUGACUUUAAAAAAAAAAUUGAUCUGAUGUCAGUGUUUGCACGGGACUAUGCACACAUUGAGGGUGAAAAAGUUGAGAUAGAGAGAAAAGAAGUUGAUGCAAAGAUUAAGAAGGCUGAGAGUGCUGAGGAGAGAAUGAAGAUGAAUGAUCUGCAAAUACUCUCAAAAGAUACAUCAAAUAUGGAUAGAAGACAACUACAAGCUCAUGAUAUGUUGUGCGACAUGAUUAGAGAAAAAUAUGGACUUAAUUAG